AUGCCAACUAGCGGUAAGUUACACGCUAUGCUGACGUUCUUACAUAGGUUUGAAAUCACAAUUACCCUUUCUUAAAGAAACAAACGCAAAAUGAUAUAGAUCUAGCCAAUCCUGAAAGCGAAGCUUCCGUUAAUAAACUUAGCCUUGCUCUAUUGUGUGGCCCUUGUCAUCGUUUUUUGUUCCUUUUAGUUUCCUAAUACAAUAUUAAUGAGCAAGAUCCGAAAUGAAAAGUUAAAUAGAUUUUUUAUUUUUCCACAUAUUUUCUUUUCAAAGUCGGGCGACAAAAAAUAUUUGUAAACCUGCCUGUACAUUAUGCGCCUCAAUAUUCGAGCGUAACCUUUACUAUAAUGCACUGCUUGUUUGCUAUGAAGACAGACCUAGGACAGUAAAUAAAUUUUGUACCGCGACUAAGCCGACUCUGAAAAUAGAAUGUGUGCGCCGCGUGCCUGCAGCAACCUAUGUUUGUUGAAUGAAACAGAUACGGUAGAACAGCACUGGGAUAAUUUACUACUCUUGCGCAUCUUUAUAAAAAUGUUCUGCCGGUGUGUCAACAGUCAGUUUAUUAUUUUACGUCCAGAAAAGUCAGAGACGGAAAAUAAGCCCGCUGUGUUAGCAGAAAUUUAAAAAAAGGCCCCAGAACGGACAUUUACUUACUGAAAACAGAAAAAGAAAAGAAGAAAAGCAUCUAAUUCCAAUUUCGUACAAGAAAUUAUGGGCGAUGCCGGGUUUCGAACCAGGUACCUCUGCUCCGGAGGUUAAAAUGUUUAAGUUGUGACAUCAUUUCUUGAGGGAUGUGGGAGUGAAUGCCGCUUAUGCUUAGAUUAAGAGGACGUACGCAUAUUUACUUAUUCAUUUUAGUGUCCGAGCUAAUAUACGCAUUUAGUUUUUAUAUUGUAAAUUUUCGAACUUAGCUUCGAAGUGUUAAAUCUAGAACUUAGUUUUUAGAGUGUAAAAGAGCACUUAGCUUGAAUAGUGUCAAUUUCCGGCUUUUAUAGUACUUAAUUAGUUUCUAUUAAUGAUGUAAUUUAGUUUUAAAGGUGUCCCCAAUUAGUGCCAAUAGGCACUAGAACGACAAGACACUUUAAUAAAGGUUAUGUAUGUAUGUAUGUAUGUAAGUUGUGUGCCACAAGGACAUUCAUUUCCAAACGAGAAAAUUUAAAGUAUUUUAUAGUUUGUUUCACUCGUUGUACCUUGUGUUAAAGGGAAAAAACACGUAAGGAACGGCGAAAAUAAAAGUGACUAGAUCUCAAGACACAUCACAUGCAUUAUGAAUCAAAAUUCAAAUUAUUCCAGCCAAAGGUGGUUUUUCAUCCGAAGCUUUCAUAGUCGGGGGGAGGGCAAAAUUUGAAUAAUACAUUUUCUUUGAGAGUCUUCUUUUUUUCUGUGCAUAAUUUUUGCAGUUUGCGGUAAGGACAGUGAAACUCAGGUUUAAACUUGGAACGGAGCCUGCUUACACAAACGCGAGAGCUCUAUCUGACCACUGUGGUGUUCAAAAUGUAGACCUUAGCGAGGGCUAUUGAAUUCAAAUAGAAAUUUGGCAGUUUUUAGAGAUAAAUAUAAAAAAUGCCGUUUUCCCAGUGAUUCUUUAAAGGUUCAAUAGCCAUAAUGAGGGAGAUAAUCUAUUGCUGGUCAUUCAAAAACCAGCCAAAACUAGUUUUGCACUAGAGGGCACUCAUUAAAGGUAGGGUAAAACGGGCAACAAAAACAUGCAACUUGUUUUGCAACACUGCUGCAAAACUAGUUGAAAAGCGAUGUUACGCGUUUAACAACACACGAAUCAAACCUGUCUUGCGAUAAAUCAAACUGUUGCAGGUUGCGAAAAGUUGUUGCAGAAGUAGAAGGAUGUUCUAGUUUUUGGGACAAAAUCUGUGCAUGCCGCUUGUUUUACCGGGCCAAAGGCAAACUUGUUUUUAGUGACGUCAAUCUUUGUUUGGUAUGACUCCCGCGUAAUUUAACCAAUCAAAAGUCAGUAUUCACGCAACUUGCAACAAGCUGAUUUGUUUGCAAGACAGGUUUUAUGUGGGUGGUAAAACGCGCAACAUCGCUAUUCAACUCGUUUUCCAGCAAUGUUGCAAAACAGGUUGUCGCCCGUUUUUCCGUAACUUGAAGGAAAUCAAUUUUUUUACAGGUCCACCUCUAAGCACUCCUCCAAGCACUCCUAUAAGCACUCCAAUUAGAACUGUAAUUAUUGGUGUUUUUGGAGGUCUUCUUGCAGUUUCUCUGUGUGUGUUUGCCUUAGUAUUCUGCAAACGUCGCCGAAGUCAGAUUAAUCUUGACAUCCAAAGGCGACCUCUCAUGGAUCAAAACGGAGGCAACGGAGGGGAACAUUGCACCUAUCAAAGCAACGACGAAAGUCGGCAUCUCGCUGAUCGAGAAGACAACGGUAGCCAACAUCUUAUCGACAGCUUUAUCAAAAACCCAAUCGGAGGAAGAAGGUCUCAGUCGAGAUCUUGCAAUAUCAGGGAGCUUAAAAAAGAUAAUGUCAACAAAUUAAACGCGCCCUUGUAG